CGGCGUGCGGGGCGCGAGUUCCGCAGUCGCCAUCAGUCCUCGGUCGGCAGCUGGCUCGCCCGCUCCCCGGCACCGCUAGCCGCGCGAACGUGCACUCUUACCACAACAAUCAAUCGAAACGCCAUUUAAAUAAUAAUAAAAAAUCGAUGAUAGUGCGCCCUUGGAAUUGAAGUGAUGCUAUAAAAAGUUGUGAACUAAAAGUGUAUAAAAAUGGCGAGUGCUCUGGCGAUGCUGCAGGGGCUGAGGCAGAAGGUGAAGGGGAAUGAGUACCAGGACUGCAGGACGCUGCAGGUGGACAUGCCGGCGCCCAGCUCAGUGGACGUCGCCUUCGACAACCUCACCUUCAAAGUCUCCGUGGGGUUCAGGACCAAAACUUCAAAGACAAUCUUGAAGGGUGUGUCAGGGCUGUUCAAGUCGGGCCAGCUGACGGCCAUCAUGGGCCCGUCAGGGGCCGGCAAGUCCUCCCUGAUGAAUGCACUCACAGGAUUUUCAACGGCCGGCGUGACCGGCACAAUCCGCGCGGGCGACAGCGUGUGCGAGCUGUCGGACACUCGCAACGCUCUCAGCUCCCUCAAGGCCUACAUGAAGAAGUCCUGCUACAUCCUGCAGGACGACCGACUGAACCCACUCUUCACUGUCGGCGAGCUGAUGAAGUUCGCCGCGGAUCUCAAGCUCGGCGAGACGCUCACCGAAAAGUAUAAGACUACUGUGAUACGAGAGGUGCUGGACACCCUCGGGCUGGGCGGCACGGAGGGCACUCGCUGCGGGAACCUGUCGGGGGGGCAGCGCAAGCGGCUGUCCAUCGCCGUGGAGCUCAUCGACAACCCACCCGUCAUCUUCCUCGAUGAGCCUACCACGGGUCUAGAUAGUUUAACGUCAAGCCAGUGUAUAGACAUGCUGAAGAAUCUUGCCAGGAACGGGCGGACAGUUGUCUGCACAAUCCACCAGCCGUCGGCAUCGAUCUACGCGUUGUUCGACCAAGUGUACAUCCUGGCUGAGGGCCUGUGCAUUUACAACGGCUCCAGCGACAACACUGUGCCAUACCUGGCCUCGGUCGGGCUUCAGUGCCCAGUGUACCACAACCCUGCCGAUUAUAUUCUAGAGGUGGCGAACGGGGAAUACGGGAACUUCACGGAAACUCUGGCCAAAGCCUCGGCCAGCCAAGACAACACCCUGAAGACCAUCGCACCAGCCAUCAACGCCAACAGCAAGACCGACAACAAAGUAGAAGGGUUUCCUUGUGGGAAGACCACCAUAGUCAUCAGCCCACCUGACGAAUUCUACAAGUUCCGAGUAUUAUUCAAAAGAUGCCUCAUUCAGCAGUAUCGGGAUUGGACGGUGACGCACCUGAAGGUGAUCCUGCACGUGUUCAUCGGCGUGACGCUGGGCCUGCUGUUCCAGGACGCGGGCCACGACGGCUCCAAGACCGUCAACAACCUGGGCUACCUCAUCAUCUGCUCCGCCUACCUGUGCUACACGUCGCUCAUGCCGGCCGUGCUGAGGUUUCCCCAAGAGUUGCCGGUGAUAAAGAAGGAGAAUUUCAACAACUGGUACAACCUGAAGACGUACUACCUGGCCGUGCUCGUCACCGGCAUCCCCAUGCAGAUCUGGUACAGCUUCGUAUACUCCGUCCCGAGCUACGUGCUGACAGGUCAGCCGCUGGAGCUCAGUCGUUUCGCCAUGUUCGUGCUGGUCCUGGCAGCCGUGACGGUGCUCGCUGACGCCAUCGGCAACGUCAUCGGCACCCUGGUUAACCCUAUUAACGGCACGUUCAUCGGCGCCAUCACGACGUGCGCCAUGAUCGUGUUCGCCGGCUUCCUAGUGCUGCUCUCACACAUGAACCAGGUGAUGCGCACGGUGUCGUACGUGUCGUUCAUGCGGUACAGCUUCGAGGCGCUGGUGCUGUCGCUGUACGCCUUCGGACGCAAGCCGCUCGAGUGCCCCGACGACAAGGAGUACUGUCACUUGUUGUACCCGACUUCCAUCAUCAAAGAGUUCAGUUUCAAGUACGACAACUACUGGCAUGACGUCAUCAUCCUCUUGAUAGAAGUGGUCAUUGUGAGGAUCAUCGCAUACUUCACCUUAAGUAGAAACGUCAAGAAGUCUUCGUAAUCACUAGAGCUCAAUUUGUAUUUCGUAAGUUAUUUAAUACGUUUGUGGAGUGGCUCAUAAUUUGUGAGCGGAGGGCCUAAACUUCGCAGUUACUGAGUGUGGACGGAGCGUGGCCCAGACUAUCCAGGUUUAGAGUAGGUUGAGGAUUACGUUAUGGUAGGAAUGAGUAUGAAGGUGUAAUGUGGCAUGGUAAUAGUCUAGUUUUUGAAAAAAAGAGAUCCAGCUGCCUUUUUGGUUUUUGGGUACCCGCUUCUGUGAGUAAAUUUCACAUUAUACACCUUCAGAAAAUUUUACAAAUAGGUAGGAUUCUGAAUGUAUUUGAAAAAUUUACUCAGUUUAUUGGCAAGCCAAAGGUAUCAAGUUGUUAUUGUUAGUGGACUUGAGCAGUCACAAAGUUAGUCAAAGCAAAGAAAAGAGGAUACUUUUAGGGAAAUUGGAGAUACUAAGACAUGAAGGUAUACCUAUAAACAGUGAUAAGGUUUAGUAUUAAGUUUAAAAUAUAGUAGAGUUAUUUUAUGAAGGUAGUUUUUAAUAAGAUGGAAUGAAAGUACUUACGUUUUAAAUGAAAAUCAGUACUUAGUUAUUACAAAAAAGUGCGCUAGCUGUACAUUUCUUAAUUGGAGCCUUGUUGAGGUGUUUUUUUUUGUUUUUCGCUCAUAUUAAUGGCAGGCCGAUGUGAGUGAUCGUGAAAUACACAGGUUUCUGCGGCCCACACUUUACCUACAGAAUUUUCUGAGUUGCCAUUGUUUUUAGGAGUAUUUAUAUAUUUUUUUCAAGCGUAAAGUAUAAUGUCAACCCUGAUUCGCCUAUUUUAUUACCUACUUAAAUACUAUUAAUAAAAUCCUCAAAUCUUUUGAGAAUUAUAGCAUCUACUUGAUAUUACAAGUUCUGCCAAUUCAUGUUGUGCUUCAAAUAGGUACUUAAUUUAAUAAGUUUUAAUUUUUGAUUCUUGCCGAUUUAUAAUUAUGAAGGUUUUAAGUAUAUUGCUGUAAGUUUGAGUUUCCAAUUUAAUUUUAAUUUAGUGAUUCCAGUGCUAUUUGGUAAGGUAAUCUUACUUCAAUACAAUAUCUUAUUUUAACUGCCAACACACAUUGCUACACAGAGUAGAUAUUUAGAUUGAGAGUACAAGACAUUGACAGUAAAUUUUAUACAAAUUGAUAUUUCUUGCUUGCUUGUAGUUAUAGUGAAAGUGAACUUUAAGUUCAUAAAUCUGUUUCUGAAUCAUUAACUUAUAACGAGUUCCCGUUUUAUUAAUAAUAAUAUUCAAUUACUUUAUUAGAAAAAGAGAUUCAUCCAUGACACAAAGUCAAGAUGUUGCCGUAUCGUGCCUUUCAACUUAAGACUUUGAAUAAUUUACCUCUCUAAAGUAUCGUAUAGGGCGUAGGUUACAUCUUAUUAUUAUUUAUAGAUUUUAUACUAAACAUUUUUACUUUCGGUAAGCACUAUGUUUUCACAGAAAAUGCCAAGAUUGCCACAAACACUUUGAUAGGUAAUGCUUCUUUUAGUAAACUUUAAUGAAUACUUCAUAUAUUCCCCUGUUGAAUAGUGUUGUAACUAAUUACUACGUGAAACAGUCAUCAGAGCCCCUAAAAGGUUUUUACAAUUUACGAAAAAGUUUUUUUUUUUGGUUUUUCUUCUAUUGUCUGUCAAAAGUUUCAUGAUAGUUACUGCUAGAGGCGCCGCUUUGUAUGCGAGAAAACGGAAACUUUUAUAUUUUUCGACAAACUAUAAAAUCUGUACUAGAUGUACAGGCCCUUAAUAAAGUACUUACUUAACUUUCGUUCUUUCAAUUUGUAUUCAGAAUCAGAACUCAGUUAAUUCAAAAUGUUCUAGGUACUUUCUAAUAGAAAAAGUGGUUUAUUAAAAAAAACAGAUAUCUGGAUUGGUCUAUCCACUCUUAUUGUCCGCAUAAUGUUAACACUCCUAUUAAUAUUUAUGUAAAGUAGGUAUAUUUUUCAUGAAUUAAUUUUUUCAAGACCACUGAGCUUAUUCAUGUUUUCAAUUUUGUCUGUGAUAUAAAAUAUUUUUGUAAUAUCUAGAUAGAAGGAGCUAGUUUCACGAAUGAUUUUCUGAAAAAUAUUUCAAAUAUACUUAAUAAUAAUAUUAUAUAAAUAACAUACUUACUUUACUGUUCUUGGAAAGUAGGUAGGUAAUAGGUAAAGUAUAUCUAGUUUAAGCACCUUUAUUAUAAAAAUACUUGACCUUUUUUAACAUUAAUGUGUAAAUUUUAUUUAUUUUGGAUUUAUGGUAGUCUUAAGAAACGUUGUAAAACAAAAUUAAAGUUUCUGAUGAAUA